AUUAUGAAGCAUUGAUUUUAGAGCGUUUAAAGUUAAUGAUACCAACUAACAAAAAGGAUGAAAGAAAAGACGAACUUUUACAAAAAGACAACUUAACCGCCCAAGAGGAUAAAGAACUUUUAACCCUCGUAAAAGAGAUAGAAAAAAACCGCAAUAUCUUACGCGAACAAGCAAAAAAAAGCAUAUAUAGCUCUCCCUUUUCCCUUUUUGACUAUGAUUAUAACGAGAACGAAUACGACAGCGACGACAAUGAAAGCGACAUUUUUGACUAUUGCCUAGACACAGACGACGAGGAGGACGAGGAGGAACAAGCUGAGAAUAGCCAAAAAACACUAACCAAAUUAAAAAACCAAACCGAAAGCGAUUGA